CAUCCAGUCACUCCUUUGGACCCUGUUCAUUUCAAGAUCAACAACGAAAUCCAACCCUCCUUUGCAGCGAUACAGAUCACUGAUUGACUCACUGGUCUCUCCACCAUGCAGUGGAAGUCACUCCUUCUGUGCGCGGCCAUCGCCGAAUCGGCCCUGGCUCGCUCCCACGGCCAUGACCGCCGGCAACACGGCCACGGCCACGCCCAGGAGGCUCAUGUGGCCGCCCGGGAUGUCCAAGUCGAGGUCCACACCGUCACCGAUGUCGAGCACAUCACUCUGACCACCACCGUCUACGGCGUGCCCACUGAGACCGCCGAGGCGGUUACCACCUACGAGGAGGUCACCACCACCAGCACCUCCGCCGCCACCACCACCGCUGCCAGCGGCGCCUUUAUUGAAAUCGACACCAACGAGGACCUGGCCAUCAGCGCCAGCCUGGACAUCUCCCUGUCUCUGGGCUUCGGCGAGCACACCAGCACCCGCACCCACACCCAUACCAGCACCAGCACUCACACGAGCACCCAUACCAGCACCCACACCUCCUCUACCGCGGCCAGCUCCACCGCGGCCAGCGGCACCUCCGGCAGCGAGCCCUGGACGUCCACCCCCACCAACGGCGUCUACUCGACCUCCGGAUUCGGCGGCCGCACCAACAGCAGCAGCAGCGGAAUCACCUACAGCGGCAACGUCGGCGACCCAUGGGGCAGCAACAUCAUCGAAGUCGACGCCGCGGACGCCUGGCAAUACAAAUACGUGAUCCAGAUCAACGGCAGCAACACGAACUCCUGGUUCGUGAGUUUCUGGAACAAGAUCGGCCCCGACGGCAAAAUGGACGGCUGGUACGGCCACUCGGCCCUGAACUUCACGCUCGCCGCGGGAGCCACCAAAUACGUGGCCUUUGACGAGAACUCGCAAGGGGGCUGGGGCGCCGCGGAGGGGGACAGUUUGCCCACCGAUGACUACGGGGGUUACUCGUGCACGUGGGGCGAGUUCGAUUUCGGGGAUACGGAUAAUGAUGCGUGGUCCGGGUGGGAUGUGAGUGCGAUUCAGGCGCAGAAUGCCGAUCAGACGGUGCAGGGGAUGCGGAUCUGUCAGCAUGCCGAUAAGGAGUGUUCGUAUAUUACGACUGAUGCGGGGACUGUGUAUAAUGCGUAUACGAGUGCUGAGGCGUCGGUGGAUGGUAUUGGGGGGACCGUGUCGGCGGGGGCGGUCCGGUUGACGGUGGAGGUGGAUUAUAGCUAGUUGAUACCAUUGCUUGUUGUAUAUACGGGUUGUUGAGUGACAAUAUACAUAUGGUGGUUGCAGUGUGUUGAUUGUAGGGUUUGGUGUGGUCGGGGAAGAUAAGUAUGCGCUUGAUUUCGGAUGUCUCACGUUGAAACUGGGGUAGAUCCUCCGUGGCUGCGUAGUGGGUGCGCUGAU